GAGACUACUCGUGGCCUUGGAUUAGAUCUAAAAACUUCCCAAUUUGGGCCCCACAUCCCCCUAACAACAACACAUAUAAACUAUCAAACCCAUUUGACCCAAACUCCGCCAAACGCACACUUCAAUAACCGACGGCAGAUCUCAGUGUAAAUUCCAACAAAGCUCAAGGAGAAUUCUGGCAUUUCAUAGCUAUCCGCAUUUCUUCUCCUUAUGCAUAUCGAGUAAACGACGUCGUUUGAUCGCUCUUCUUCCUCUUUUUACAGCGUCACAUCAGUCCAGGCUCGAAAGAGAUUCGGCUCAGCACCAAGCAAGCGCCAGGACAAAAGGACAGUUCAGUCAUUUCAAAGCUUUCUCUUAACCGUUCCGCGAUCGUUUAAACGUCGCCGUCGGAAUUCACUGCCUGACCAAGCCUAGUUAGCUCGCUGGAGAGAGAAGCUAAUUGAGAAAGCCAGUCUUCUAGAGAGAGAAAAAUCCACAGCGGUGGGAGAGGUGAGGGAUUGGAACCCUAGACUUUUUAGGUUGGGAAGUGAAAUUCGCGUGGAGAGGAUAAAAAUGGUGGGGACUCCACUGUCUGGAUUACAAGAUCACUUGAAAUUGGCUCGAGAGUAUGCGCUUGAAGGUCUUUACGACACUUCCAUGAUCUUCUUCGAUGGUGCCAUUGCUCAGAUCAACAAGCAUCUAAACACCCUUGAUGAUCCUUUGAUUCGCACAAAAUGGAUGAAUGCCAAGAAAGCUAUUUCAGAGGAGGCAGAAGUUGUAAAGCAAUUAGAUGCUGAGAGAAGGGCAUUUAAGGAAACUCCCACAGGGCGACGUGCUGCAUCACCUCCAAUUAAUGCUAAAUCAUCUUUUGUUUUCCAACCUUUAGAUGAGUACCCUACUUCCUCUAGUGCUCCCAUGGAUGAUCCUGAUGUGUGGAGGCCACCAAGUCGGGAUUCUACUAGUAGGAGACCUGCUAGGGCUGGUCAAGUGGGUAUGAGGAAAUCACCACAGGAUGGGACUUGGGGUCGUGGUGGCUCCACAAGAACAGCUACAAGUGGUCGUGCUCCAAAGGCUGGUGCUUCAAGCAGGGUGAACUCAGGCAUCCGAGCUUCUAGUGGGGGAAAGAAAGGCACUGGUGCUGGAAAAUCUGGCAAGGGAGAUUCAGCUAAUGGUGAUGCUGAAGACGGAAAAUCCAAGAAGGGACAAUAUGAAGGGCCUGAUCCUGACUUGGCUGCUAUGCUUGAAAGGGAUGUCUUGGAAACUAGUCCUGGAGUUAGAUGGGAUGAUGUUGCAGGUCUUAGUGAAGCAAAACGACUUCUUGAAGAAGCUGUUGUCCUUCCAUUAUGGAUGCCUGAAUAUUUCCAGGGGAUCAGGAGACCUUGGAAAGGUGUCCUUAUGUUUGGCCCUCCAGGUACUGGUAAGACACUGCUUGCUAAGGCUGUUGCUACUGAGUGUGGUACAACAUUUUUCAAUGUUUCAUCUGCUACAUUGGCUUCAAAAUGGCGUGGUGAAAGUGAGCGCAUGGUCCGGUGCUUGUUUGAUCUGGCACGAGCUUAUGCACCAAGUACAAUUUUCAUUGAUGAGAUUGAUUCUUUGUGCAAUGCUAGGGGGGCUUCAGGGGAACAUGAAUCAUCUAGAAGGGUCAAGUCUGAACUUCUUGUUCAGGUUGAUGGUGUAAACAAUACUUCCACAAAUGAAGAUGGCAGCCGAAAAAUAGUGAUGGUUUUGGCUGCUACCAACUUCCCUUGGGAUAUAGAUGAAGCAUUGAGGAGAAGGUUGGAAAAGCGAAUUUACAUUCCGCUUCCAAAUUUUGAGAGUCGUAAAGAGCUUAUUAGGAUCAAUUUGAAAACUGUUGAGGUGGCUCCUGAUGUAGACAUUGAUGAAGUGGCUCGUCGGACAGAAGGGUACAGUGGAGAUGAUCUCACAAAUGUUUGCCGGGAUGCUUCCUUAAAUGGUAUGAGGCGCAAGAUAGCUGGAAAGACCCGUGAUGAGAUUAAAAACAUGUCUAAAGAUGAGAUUUCAAAGGAUCCUGUAGCAAUGUGUGAUUUUGAAGAGGCCUUGCAGAAGGUCCAGCGAAGUGUUUCUCAAGCUGACAUUGAGAAGCAUGAGAAGUGGUUUUCAGAAUUUGGAUCAGCAUAAGGAGGUAUUGUGUGACCAAUGUUGAAAUGAAGACACCUGCUGGUUCAUUUCUUCCUAUAAUUUCAUUAACCUGGUGCUGUGUGUAUUUGAGCAGUGAUUUCAUCUUCUGUAAUCCAGUUCUUCGAAAGCGCUCGCAUGUGUUGUGUCAAUUUUUGUAUUUGUAGCAUCCCUCGUGCAAUAUAAUUCGAUUUAUUUUAUAGAA